AUGCUAAAUUUACAGCUCAAUGGAAACAGUGUUGAUAUUGCCUACCAGCUUUUGGAAAGAAUGGAAGCUUAUGGGCGCCUAAGUGGACUGGUCAGAGAGCUUGAUCGAAUUUUCAGGCUCUAUGCUUUCAUAAUGCUUGUCAUAAUUGUGCCAUCUGUUAUUCUCACACUUAUGAUGGUAAAUCAACGCAUUCAUGGUAUCACGGACCUGAUAAUCUGCAUGCCCUCGAUUGCUCUAUGUAUCUACAGCUUUUUGGCGGUUACGGUAGCUCCGGCUAGACUUCAUGAUGAGGUCAGCAAAUCAAGAGUAUGCUUGAUUCGAAAUGAAACCAUAUGGUACCCGUAUAGGAAAGAUGUAUUCACAAUAGCACAAGCGCUGUCAUCCCACAUGGAACAGUAUGACCUAGGCAUAUCUAUAUGGGGUUUCGCUGUUUUAUCUAGACCCUUGGUUUUAGCGACAUUUUCUGUCAUGGCCAUGUUACUAUCGGUAAUUGUUGAAUUGACGCCAGCUCCACAUAUGGUAGAAGUCGUGAACUGCACGACAUCGGUGGAAAUAUGA